UGGCGCCGCCCCGCGGCCGCGCCUCACUUCCGCCCGUGCGGGGAACCCCCGUAGCGGAUAUAGCGGCUCCCGCUUCCGGUUUGGCCCCUUUUCGGUCGCGGCUGCAUCCACGCCAACAUGCCUCUGGCGAAGGAUUUGCUGCACCCUUCCCCCGAGGAGGAGAAGAGGAAACACAAGAAGAAGCGGCUGGUGCAGAGCCCGAAUUCCUACUUCAUGGAUGUGAAGUGCCCGGGUUGCUACAAGAUCACUACGGUGUUUAGCCACGCUCAGACCGUUGUUUUGUGCGUGGGCUGCUCGACCGUGCUGUGCCAGCCCACGGGGGGCAAGGCGAGGCUGACAGAAGGCUGCUCCUUCAGACGAAAGCAACAUUAAGCGAAGGCGGCGGGGGAUGGAUGGGGCUACUCGCGCAGACGGCAGCGCAGAGCUGGAGAGCAGGGGCUGCGCGUCCCGGCCCGACCCCAGUGCGUGAGCCCCGAUCACAAACGUGACUUUCGUACUGUCCCCGUAGCCCCACCCAUCUUGCUGUCAAUAAAUUUUGGAUAAAAACACAAAA